AUUCCAUGCUAUUAAACAUCAACACGUAGAGAACCAUCACAGGUUUGUUGCGUAACACGCCCUGAUCACUCCGUCCCUCAGUGAACACGUGUGGAGAAUUCUGGAGGCACUUUAAAUUCACUGAACCAUGCCUCACGGAUCUUCCUCUCUCUAAAAUGAUACUUGAGUGAAACAGUUUGAAAGCUCAACGACCCGAAGCCACCGAUCGAUAUAUUACCACGUGACUUCAUCAAAUAAAAUUGUGUAUAAAUACAUGUGUACAUUGUAUGAUUUGUCUGAUUUGGACUUAUAUUAACAGUAUUGCAAAAUGGCAGAAAACGUCUCAAUGAUAAUAGCGGUAGUCCCGAGGCUAACUACCAUAGAAAACAACCUGGAUAUUCUGUUUUUAAUAAUUAUGGGAAUGUGCAUAGUUUUUAUGCAAUGUGGGUUUGCCUUCCUGGAGGCCGGCGCUGUUAGAAGUAAAAACACAACAAACAUUCUGAUAAAGAAUGUGAUGGAUUUGUUUAUUUCCGGAGUGUCCUAUUGGCUCUUUGGUUUCGCCUUCGCCUUUGGAGAUGGUGGAGAGGCAGACAAGUUUAUUGGACUGAAGUACUUCGCCUCCCACAGUCUUCCACACAGGCAGUACGCCAUGUUCUUCUUCCAGUUCACGUUCGCAGCCACUGCCUCCACCAUCGUGUCCGGGGCUGUUGCGGAGCGUUGCGAAUUUGUUGCUUACUUCGUUUAUAGCGUGUUUAUUACAGGUUUCAUCUACCCGGUAGUAACCCACUGGGCGUGGUCCUCCGGCGGAUGGUUAACUGUGGGGGACAGCUACGCCGCCCUUAACAACGAGGUCGUCGCUUAUCAGGACUUCGCCGGAAGUGGUGUUGUUCACGUGCUCGGAGGAAUCGCUGCCCUGAUUGGAGCAAUUAUGUUGGGCCCCAGACUUGGCCGAUUUCAUCGCAGUUCCAACACAGUAGCCACCAUCAGGGGUCACUCAGUACCCAUUGCGGCUUUGGGUGGAUUCAUUCUGUUUUUCGGAUUUUUGGCCUUCAAUGGCGGAUCCCAGCUCACAAUCAGUAACAGCGGUGACGGCGAGGCUCUUGCAAGAGCUGUCGUCAAUACCGUCAUUUCCGGUUCCUUCGCCGCCUUUAUGUCGCUCAUCCUUAAUCGACUCAGAGUCUUUGGGAAUACUUGGAGUCUUCUGGUCACAAUUAAUGGUGCUUUAACGGGAAUGGUUGCUAUCUGUGCCGGAUGUAACGUCUACGAGCCAUAUGCCGCAUGCGUAGUGGGACUUAUCGCCGCCAUUGUAUUCCGAACCUACUCUGUCCUGAUGAUAAAGCUUGGUAUAGACGAUCCUCUGGAUGCCGUAGCAGUGCACUUUGGAGGUGGGAGCUGGGGUUUAAUUGCUGUUGCGUUCUUCGAUAGCAAAGAAGGAAUUUUUUAUGCUGGAAAUCUUAAAUCUGGAUACAAACUUGGCUGGCAGUGCAUAGGGUUGGCGGCCAUUGUAGCUUGGACAGCCUCGCUUUCAUGUCUGGUGUUCGGGUUACUGAGAUGUUUUAAAAUUCUUAGAGUCCCCCAAGAAGAAGAAGAAAAAGGUUUGGACAUUCCAAAACACAACGAGCCGGCGUACCCCGUUGAAGCUUAUGGACACGGUCAUAUUGAGCGCCUCAUUCAGAUACUGGAAAACAACCCCACAGUUGUCACCCAGGGAUUUGCAAACAUGGCAUUCGAAAGAGAGAUAACAGACAAAGGACCUUACGAAAAUCCGGAAUCUCGUCAUGUUGUCGUGAAUGGUUCUUCCGAGAAGGCUAAGCCCAUCAACAAGUCCGGUAAUGGCAUCACCAUCACUGUUAACAACACCAAACUGUGAUGUCAUUUCAAUCCGCGACUAUAAACUAACUCCAACCUGUUGUUGGUGGUUUAAAAAUUUCAAAAAACUUGCUGCCCCCCCUUUAUGAUUACAUAUAUUAUAUUUUGUUCAUGAAAAUCCACAGUUUAUAUCCUGUAAGCAUAUUUGCAUUGCUUUUACAUACUUGUGUAUUUUUCUGUAUAAAAAAAUAUGCUAUUUUUUAUAUACAUUUUCAAUCCACGUAAAUUGUUGUUACAUGUAUAUUUCAUAUAAUGUUUUCAAUCGUGUGUGUCGCAAAUUAUACAUAAAAUGGCAUACAUGCAUGUUCAGGUUACAUAAUGAAAUUUCAAACUAGCGUGUUCUGCUCAUAAACAAAUGCAUAUGAUGGUGCUUAUAUAUCGAUGA